GCCAUCACUCAGUCCACAGAUAUAAAGUAUUACGUACCAUGGUCCUCCAGUUGAUUUGCAUUUGAACAUUAGCGAAGAUUUGAUGGUGUGCCGUUGAAGCUGGACAAAGCUUGUGUUGCGUUUUGUUUUUGUGGGUUACAUCGUAUUGUAUUAUUUAGUGGAUUUAGAGAAUGGAUUUUAGUUUCUUGUGUUUAGAUAGCUGCGCUUGAUCGGAGUUUAACCAAUUGCUGCCGUGGUUCCCUGACAGUCAGCCAAUUGUAUUACUCCAUUUUCUGGCCAAUAAAAUCUUUGUAUCGAGCGUGUGUCAGAAGAGAGGGCCCCUUUUUGAUGCCGCUCCAAUUGGUGCUAAUACGUAGUGCUUCUACUUCUGCGUGAUUAUAUAUAGUAGGAAUUAAGCCGCAUGCAAAGCAUAAGAAGUCAACUUCAACGACAAUCGUCAAUCAACUGUUGCAUACCACGGCAACUAUGGCACUUCUCAAGCGGAUUAAGUUGCCAGUAACUGCUUUCAAAUGGCUAUUAUCAGCGAUGCUGGUACUGGUGCUGAGAGGCAGCAGUGACCCGGGCUUGCCGAGCAUCGUUGGAGUCCAGGCGCUCGAGUUAUCUUAUCCAGGGUUGAUCACGGUCUUUCACCUGGGCAAAGAGGUCGUAUCAGGGGUGGUAGAAGCGUGGGAUCUCUUGGAGGACGUGGGCAACGUGACGCUCCCGUUUCAGAAGAACCGAGACAAGAAGAUUCUACAGCGCAUCAAUGCCCUAGCCUCGCAAAUCAGCAUGAGCCAGGUGUCGAUGUCCGACGACUUCCGACGAUACGUUGAGGACGCUGUUAUGCGUUCUGCCGAUCGUAACAAAUUUAUCACGCGACUGGAGCGAUUGCACGAAGCCAUUGGCUGGAUAAAGCGGCGGGAGGAGACGAUGCAAGCCAUGCUCGCAGCAAAUGGAUCGAUUGAGCAGUUGACGCUGAACCAGUUUGCUCUGGCCACGGUCGAUCUAAGCAAGACGGACAGUAUCAUCGAACUUUUGCAUCGCAUCGAGACGCUCGUAACCGGCGAACACCUAGUUAUGCCGUCCAAUCAACGCGACAUCUUCUAUCAGAUGAACGAGGUGGCUAAAUCAACGAUCUGUACCUUCGGGUUAUCGGCCCAGCAAGUGCUAUACCUGCUGUACGAGGCAAUCGCAAUGACCGAACUGAAGGGCUACCUGAUGAUGCAGUUCGCUUACAUGGUUUUGCGAGCACAAGGCAAGGGCAAUUUUACGGUGGAAUCGAGUGCACGUCGAAACGAACUACAGACACGAUUGAACCGCACGCAUGAACUGCUGCAACGAGCCAUGGAGCAAACCAGCCGCGACUACUGGCGGUGCGAUCCUGAGCGGCAGGCACAUCGAGAGAACGAAACGUACCUCCAGUUUACGCGUCUGCUGCAGGGCUACAUCGAGAAUGAGGUAGACAUGAACACGGAGAAUACGUGCCGGGAAACGUGUGGCCACUAUCAGUACGGUCAUCGCCAGGAGCAGUGCUACAAAGAGCUGUAUUGCACUCGUCAGCCGAAGUGCGCCGGUCGCAUCUAUGACUGCGAGUACGUCGAUUCGGACAUGUGGAUAUGCCCUUCAGCGCCACAAAGCCAGCGGCGAUACGAGUAUAUUGAGUACGAGAACGGAAUGGUGCGUGGCCGAAAGGGGUACUGCCCACGUGGUACUACGAAGGUUGACUCAUGGUGGCGCUGGAUCUUCUGGCACUGCAGUUACUGUUUCUGCGUGUGCGACGACAAUGGACCACGCUCCGAUCGUUUCGUUAGCCUGCGUGAAGCAGUUUCCGAUAUUGCACAGAAUAAAGUGGUGACCGGACUGCGUUUCUUGAAACAAGAUCGGGUAAUACAUCUUGCGGUACAGCAGGGCACUCUGAUGCCACAGGGUGAAAUCGACAACCGGACACUUGAGUGGGUACCACCACGCUACUUCAGCGUUUUAUCCAAGGGCAUCCGAGAUGGGUUGGACUAUCACACGCUCACCUACGACAACCGCUCAAUGGAUCUCGAUGACGUGCAGGUAUAUCCGGGUUAUGUACUAACGGGGGUACGGUUCCGCCUGCUCGGUACCCACCUCAAUCUAAUGAUUCGCAUGACAGAGAUGAACUUCACCUCCGGUCAACUAAUGGAUCUCGAUAAGAGUAUCUGGAUUGGUAACGAUAACACAAUUGCCAGAACCGAACUGGUGCUAAAACAACCUGAUGUUCCUACAAAGGCCCUGAGCAAAUCAGUACCCGACUCGACCAACGGCCAAUACGUACGCUUCACCCCGACCGAUCGGGAAGCGGAUGCUGCCCAAACAACGGUGCCGUUCCUUGAUGCACAACCCGUCUACACGCACCGGCCGGUGCCAUUGUCCGGUGCUGGCAUCUUCCACAAAGGCCAAUCAAAGUCGGGUGGAUUUUUAGCUCCCAAACUGCUUACAUACGACUUCACCACGCAUAUCCAACGUCCCCUAGGUGCAAACAAUGAUCUGCCUGAGGUGUCAGCGGUAUCGCACAGUGUAGCUAUCUCGACAGGGCUAAGUGAGGACAGACUGCCAUCCGCCAAUUAAAGUAAUUCAAAAGCAAAUCCAAACAAUCUGUGUAUUGAGUGGCGCAAUUCGCAAAGGGCACUCAUUUGAAUAAACCAAGAUCCUAAGCUAGAAAUCAUUUAACAGUGUAAUCCGGUGAACUCAAAUUGCCGAUAAACACGCCAACUCUCGAAUAUUAUCCAACGGAAUAAAUCUACUACCAAUAAAGCAAGUCCGCUUCAAGUUCUUCUCCUAGAUUGAAUUUCACGGAACAAAAACAACAGACACGGA